GCGAAGAGUCCCAUUACAUCCUUGUCGGUUUUGGUUAAAAACGAUUCGGCAACGAAGCUUUUCCUCUCCCAAUCUCUUUUGCUUUGCCGCCUCUGCCUUUUCGAUCGUCAGUUCCAAAUCGGCUGUGAUUUUCGGUUUUAUUGAUGAGUUUGAACGCUGUAAAGGAAUGUGAAGUUAAUUACUCGUCGUCUUCCUGGUUAAAGAGGAAAAUAAUUGACUUGGAUCUGUAGUUAAGGAGUUGGGUGAUAUUGGCAUUGUCAAGUAGGCUUACUGUAUUGAGGGACCAUGCCUCGUAAAGUGAGCUAUGGCGUCGAUUAUGAUGAUGAUGAGUAUGGUGAUUUCGAUGACUAUGACGAUGAUGACUUUGAAGUAGAACAAACUGGGCAACAUGGAUCUAAGCAGGAAAAGAGAACUUCUGGGCUAUGGCGUUGCUCAAUUUGCACCUAUGAUAAUGAGGAGAGCUUGUAUGCAUGUGAUAUCUGUGGGGUUCUUCGUAAUCCUUUGUUAAACAUUGACAGCAACGGUGAUAAAGGAUCAGUUAAUGACAUAGGCAAAGAUUCUGGAGUGUCCGUAAUGGCCAAGUCUCUUUUUGCAUCAAUGCCUCAUCAAGCACCCAAAAAGCCAGUGGUGUAUCAACAGCAGAAUGAUGAUUUUGUGACAGAAGAAGGGAAUAAACUUCACAAGUGUGGGAAUGUCGGAGGAAAUUUUCAUGAAUUCCAUAAGGCUUUUAGUUCUGGUAGCCAUUCUCGCAUAACUAUAGCUCCCUUCAUGUUUGACGUUCCAUCAAUAGAUGAUUUGGUUUCUGAUGGAUUGAAUCGCUCCAAAACAGGUUCAAAAGCCAGCUUUCUUAACUCGAAAUCAUCGGCGGUUUCCUCAGGUGUCGCUGAGAAGAAUGGUGCAGUAGCACUGCAAUCAAAUAUCAAAAAGUCAGAUAAGUCUUCUGUGGUGAACAGGAAAGAUAAUGUUGUGGGUGAGAGCAGUUCUACUUAUGGUGUAGUUAAUAAACAGUCAAGUGAAAAAUCAUUAGACGGGUCAUCUUUAUUGGUUCCCAAGAGCAAGCGUGAUGUUCUGAAUGACAGCAAUUAUUCAAUCAGUGGGGGUGAGCCACAUGAUCUUAUCAAUAAUCUGAGCAAUGUAUCUUUGAAUAAUAAAUCUGGAAAGUCAAAUAAAGUUGAUCCUGGAAAAGCCAACUCACGUGUGCAUUAUCAACCUGAAAAAUGGAUGCUCCUGAGCAAAGCACAAGACGAUUUAACUCAACUGAAUCUUGCAAUUGUUGGCCAUGUUGAUUCUGGAAAAUCAACACUUUCAGGUAGGCUGCUACAUCUUCUGGGAAGAAUAACUCAAAAACAAAUGCACAAGUAUGAAAAAGAUUCCCAAUUGCAGGGUAAAGGGUCCUUUGCUUAUGCUUGGGCAUUGGAUGAGAGCACUGAAGAAAGAGAGAGGGGAAUAACUAUGACGGUGGCCGUUGCUUACUUUGAUACAAAAACAUAUCAUGUUGUUGUGCUUGAUUCUCCUGGCCACAAGGAUUUUGUUCCAAACAUGAUAUCUGGGGCAACACAAGCUGAUGCUGCCAUUCUCGUGAUCGAUGCCUCAUUUGGCGCAUUUGAAGCUGGUAUGGAUGGUACCAAGGGGCAAACAAGGGAGCAUGCACAACUCAUUAGAAGUUUUGGUAUUGAUCAAGUUAUAGUUGCAGUCAACAAAAUGGAUGCUGUGGAUUACAGCAAGGAACGGUUUGAUUUAAUUAAACUGCAAUUGGGAGCAUUUCUUCAUUCUUGUAAUUUCAAGGAAUCUUCUCUGACGUGGAUGCCAUUGAGUGCGAUGGAAAAUCAAAAUCUAGUAGCAGCUCCUUCCGAAGUUCGUCUAUUAUCCUGGUAUCGAGGACCUUGUUUGUUGGAUGCAAUUGAUUUUCUUCAACCUCCUUCACGGGAUCUUUCGAAACCUUUGCUUAUGCCCAUAUGUGAUGUUAUCAAGCUACCUACAAUGGGCCAAGUGUCUGCAUGUGGUAAAUUGGAGGCUGGAGCCCUUCGAAGUGGAUCAAAGGUUUUAGUUAUGCCAUCUGGAAUUGUAGGAACUGUGCGUUCACUAGAGCGUGACUCUCAGGUUUGUGGCGUUGCAAGAGCUGGAGAUAAUGUAGCUGUCAGUCUGCAGGGCAUUGAUGGAGGUCAUGUGAUGGCUGGAGGAGUUUUAUGUCACCCUGAUUUUCCAGUUGCGGUUGCAAGACAUUUGGAGUUGAAGAUUCUUGUUUUAGAUGUUGUCACACCGAUUUUGAUUGGGACCCAAUUGGAAUUUCACAUACAUCAUGCAAAGGACGCUGCAAGGGUGACGAGGAUAUUGUCGUUACUUGAUCCAAAGACUGGCAAAGCAAGGAAGAAGGGCCCCCGCUGUCUUUUGGCUAAGCAGAAUGCCAUAAUUGAGGUCAUUUUGAAUGAACCAGUUUGUGUGCAAGAGUUCUCAAAUUGCAGAGCUCUUGGAAGAGUUUCUUUACGAGCAUUAGGUAGAACGGUUGCCUUAGGAAUUGUAACCCGAAUAGUUGAAGAGCAGGAAUAGGAAAUUCCAGGAGACAUCCCUCAGAAUCCAAUAUUAGGUUGAGCAAAACAAGGUUGUGGGCAGUUCCUUGGGGAUUGUCAGAAUUAAUGUAACAUAGACAAUUUGUAGCUGCAAGUGAAUUCUAGAUAUGUAGAACAGGCAAUUCCCCUGCUGUUAAAACUAUGAAGAAUCAUACUUGAUUUUGAAA